GACCGUUUCCAUGGAGACGCAGUCACAACUUCCAAACACACUUCACUCGUAUUUUCUUGCUCCGCUUCCACAAUGAAUUCAGAAAUUUCAACUGUUCUCAUGAGUAACGAACUUCAACCGACAAAAUCUGGUGUCUUAACAGGCUCCCAGGCGAUAAACAGCCACAUCUCCCAGAUCCCAGGACUGUCCCCCAGCAUCAGGACUCCCCCAGAGGAGAAGGCCAGAGGUCGAAGGGCCGCAGUCCUGGACAGUGACUCUGACUAUGUCAAGCUGGCAAAACAAGGAGGACAUAAAAGACUUUUGUGGCAUGAGGAAUCGAUGAAUCAGAAACCUAACUCAUACAAUCCAGACUGGUUCGGCAAUGAAUCAGGAGACAUCAGCAAUCCAAGCAGUCUAAUUAACAGUGAGGAGAAGAAAAACCCUGGAGCUUUUCAACCUCUAGAGCCUCCUUUCAGCACUGACAACAUGUCAGCUUGGGAGAGAGAUAAUAGCAGCAACGAAAAGAACAACAACCUUUCUCAUGACUGCUCGAUGGAGAAGCUGCAGACCUUCAGUCAGAGUUAUGAGGCCAACAAAUUCAAGAGAAAAGCGUUUGAGAAGAGACCAGCCCCUGUUGACAUGUCUAAGCUGCUGAGUUUUGGUUACGCAAAAGAAAACAAACCAGCACAGUGACGUGUCAAAUUGGAAGACUGCCAGGUGCAUAGGAAAAGGAUGCACAGGCUCCGAUGCUUCCAACGGGAAUACUUGCCAUCUUUUUCCUCUGACAUUAAUGUGUUCAUACUGAGCCACAUCAAACAUUUUGCUUCGUUUCAAUUGUUUUUGCCAUGUUGGAUGUCGCACUCAAGUGUGAAAGCGCUUCAUUGAAUUAAAGCGAGGACCUUUUAUUUAUUGCGCCUGUUAGUUGUGCCUCAUUAAUUGCACCCGUUCAGUAAAGAAGGCCUCAGUUAACUCCUGUGUUGUUGUUUUUUUGCUGUGUCUGUAAUGCUAGAAGUGGCAGCUUUUUUUGAAGAAACAUUUGAUGAUUUAAAUAAAUUUAAAGCAAUUCA